CUCCCCCCACCCCCCGCGUCCUAGAAGCACUUCCGGGUCCGGACGGGACUCCCCAGCCGUUCGGUACCCCGGUGCUGCCCAGCCGGAAGCUGCGGGAGAGGUUGUCGGUCCGCUCCUGGCACGGAAGCCUCCGAUCACACCCCUGGGUGGCGUUGGGCACACGACUGAGCCUCCCUGGGCCACGCGUCCCUGGAUGGUAGGGGGCUCGGUGAGCAGGUAGCAAAGGAAGAAAAGCCACCGAUGAGCUUCCAGGCCACCCCAGACAAGGGCCUCUCUCUCUGCCCAACUUCUUCCUCCCUCAUUAGUAUGAAGACUCCAAAUGUGACUCCACUUGGCGCCAGAGGCUUUUAAAAAAAGGACCCUGGCACCUCUGGUCUGACAAGGGGACCUGGACAGAGCCUCCCCGCAACGAUGACAUCUGUCCCAGGCUGACAUGGGCGCAGCGAGGGCACCUCCGAGCCAGCCAUGCACCCUGGACCUCCUUGCCCUCCUCGCCGCCCUCAGCCUGGUGGCCCCCCUGGCCGGGAGAGUCAUCCACAGCCAGGACCCCUUCGAGAAGUGCAUGGAGGACCCCGACUACGAGCAGCUGCUCAAGGUCGUGACCCUGGGCCUCAACCGGACCACCAGGCCCCAGAGGGUGAUCGUGAUUGGAGCUGGCGUGGCCGGGCUGAUGGGCGCCAAGGUGCUCAGCGAUGCAGGGCACAAGGUCACUGUCCUGGAGGCCAGCAGCAGGAUUGGGGGCCGCAUCUUAACCUACCGGGAUGAGAAGACAGGCUGGAUCGGGGAGCUGGGGGCCAUGCGCAUGCCCAGCUCACACAGGAUACUGCACGAACUGUGUAAGAGCCUGGGGCUCAACCUGACCCGCUUCAUCCAGUAUGACGAGAACACCUGGACUGAGGUGAGCGGCGUGAAGCUGCGCAGUUACGUGGUGGAGAAGAUGCCGGAGAAGCUGGGAUACCGCCUGCGGGCCCGCGAGAAGGGCCACUCGCCUGAGGCCAUCUACCAGAUGGCCCUCAACAGGGCCCUCAAAGAUAUCAAGUCACUGGGCUGCCAAGGGGCCAUGAAGAUGUUUGAAAGGCACACGCUCCUGGAAUACCUCCUCGGGAAGGGGAAUCUGAGCCAGCCGGCCGUGCGGCUCCUGGGAGACACCAUGGCCAAGGACGGCUUCUACUAUCUCAGCUUCUCCGAGGCCCUGCGCGCCCACACCUGCCUCAGCGACCGGCUCCGGUUCAGCCGCAUCGUGGGCGGCUGGGACCUGCUGCCCCGCGCUCUGCUAAGCUCCCUGUCGGGCCCCCUGCUGCUGCAUGCGCCCGUGGUGGCGGUGAAGCAGGAGCUGCACGAGGUGCAUGUGUACUUGUCCCCGUCGCACGGGGGCCCCCAGAAGGUGCUAGACGCUGACUUCGUGCUGCUGACGGCCAGCGGGCCCGCGCUGCGGCGCAUCGCCUUCACACCGCUGCUCUCCCGGCGCCGGCAGCACGCGCUGCGCUCGCUGCACUACGUGCCGGCCACCAAGGUCUACCUGAGCUUCCACAAGCCCUUCUGGCGGGAAGAGAACAUCAAAGGCGGCCACUCGAACACCGACCGCCCCUCGCGCGUCAUUUUCUACCCGCCUCCGGAGGAGGGCGCGCUGCUGCUGGCCUCCUACACGUGGUCGGACUCGGCCGCGCCCUUCACCUCCCUGAGCGCCGAGGAGGCGCUGCGCUUGGCGCUUGACGACGUGGCGGCGCUGCACGGGCCCAAGGUGUACCGGCUGUGGGACGGCAGGGGUGUGGUCAAGCGCUGGGCCGAGGACCCCCACAGCCAGGGCGGCUUCGUGGUGCAGCCGCCCAUGCUGUGGCACCAGGAGAAGGAGAAGGUGGAGGAGGAAGGGCAGGCUGACUGGGCGAUGCCCUACGGCCGCGUCUACUUCGCUGGUGAGCAUACGGCCCUGCCCCAUGGCUGGGUGGAGACCGCUGUCAAGUCUGCGCUGCGGGCCGCCCUGAGGAUGAACAGCCGCGCCGAGCCCAAGCCCCAGGCCCAGCACACCCUCAAGGCCAUCCCCUACCCGACCCAGCACUGGGCCUCCACCAAGUUCCCCACUCAGGUGGCCCACAAUUAAAAGGAUUGUCGGGGGGAAGCCACAUGGCCCAGCCCCCUCCCUGGCGCAGGGGCCACCCCAUCCAAGUGGGCACAGGCCGAGAGGAGGUGGAAGGCGCCCUGGUGGGUCCAGACGCAGAUCCGACAGCGCUCUCUGUACUCCUCUCCCCCGCACAGAAACAGGGCGCCCUGGGCCGCGUCCCCACAGGCCACAGCACCUCAGUUAUGCCCCACCUGUGUUUCCCUGCCAAUCGCCCCCGCCCCCUCGCCCCCUGUGGAUGGAGAGGAAAAUGGUCAGGGAAAGCUAUUUCUAGUGACCAGCUUUGGCCCUCAUCACAGGGUGAGGGGGCCUGGGGCUACCAACCUGUCAGCCCAACAUGAAACUUAAAAGGUCAA